AUGGUCGAAAUACUAUCAAGACUACCCGUGAAGUCUAUUGUACGAUUUACGUUUGUAUCCAAGUUUUGGCUCACCAUGUUCGCAGAUUCUCACUUUGUCAAGCUUCACCUCACACGCUCCAACAACUAUAAACUCUCGUCCUCACACAUUCGUUUAACGUUGUGUCAUAUCCUCCUCAUCCAUGUGUCCUCUUGCGGCGGAAUGGUUGAAGACGGCGGGAGUACUAGGGUUGAUAUUUAUGAUCACGUUGAUGGAAUUGACAUCUUUAAUGACGAUCAUAAUGACGAUCAUAUUGAUGAUGAUGAUGGUUAUGCUUAUGCUUAUGCUUAUGGUCAUGAACAUGAUGAUGGUUAUGGUAAUGAUUUUGAUGAUGAGCAGAAGAAUGGGAUGAGUAUAGAGGGAACUUGUCGUGGCUUGGUGUUAUGUCGUUUUACGUAUUACCGCAUGUUAUACUUGGUGAAUCCGUCAACCGGAGAAGUGUUUGAAUUGCCGGACUCGCCAUUUAAAAAUUCUGCUAAUACCACAUCUUUUGGACUUGGCUAUGAUACAUCCCUUGAUGACUACAAGGUUCUUCAAGUCUCAUUAUGUGAAAAGAAAAUCAUUAGGAUGAGUUUAUAUUCACUAAAAUCAAAUUCCUGGGAAAUGAUUUCAGAUUUUCCUUUUUCAUCUUUGAAUGGCAAAUUUCACUGGUUCCAUGAAGAUAGGAGUAAAAUUGCUUCUCUUAGUUUAGAUGAGGAAAAAUUCGGAGAUGUUCCAUUACCUCUUGGUUUGACUGAAAUUCCUAAAUUGGUUGGAAUUGUGAAAGGAAUACUGCAGGAGACAGUCUUGGACUAA